CUCGGGCAGUGGCUACGCCGAGCCAGUGCCGAGCUUCCCUCCUCCGCCGGGACCGGCAAAGCCACUUCGCUCUCCCCCCCGCACCGCUCUCCCCCACUGAGCGCCUAUGGGCAUCUGCGGCCAGCCGGGGCUUCGCACCAUCGCCACCGGCACCAGCGGGCGACGACCGCCACCCUGCUACAUCGCCCCUUGGGAUCUAUAGCUGGCAGGACGGAGCGAGCUGCAGACCCUUCCCCGCCUCCGUACAGAAAUCUUCAUGGUUUUUCUGAAGCAUGGUGCCUGGAACCAGCACAUAACCUGCUCCUUUCCACUCUCUAUGUGUGCAGCCAUGUUUCCAAGCCCAAAAAUAGAACCUUGAUUCAUCCCUAAUGUCACAACAGAGGAUGAUUUGGAAAUUCGCCCUCUCCGUGUUCCUGAUGGCAGCCCUGGUUCGAGUGACAGACACCAGGAAAAACCGCCCCGCAGGCGCCAUUCCCUCCCCUUACAAAGACAGCAGCAGCAACCACUCGGAGCGGAGGCAGCAGCUGAACAAGGAGGUGUUGGCUUCCAGCCAGGAGGCCCUGGUGGUCACCGAAAGGAAGUACCUCAAGAGCGACUGGUGCAAGACGCAGCCCCUGCGGCAGACUGUCAGCGAGGAGGGCUGCAUCAGCCGCACCAUCAUCAAUCGGUUCUGCUAUGGGCAGUGCAACUCCUUCUACAUCCCCCGGCACGUCAAAAAGGAGGAGGAGUCCUUCCAGUCCUGCGCUUUCUGCAAGCCGCACAAGGUCACCUCUUCCACCGUGCAGCUGGAGUGCCCCGAGCUGGACCCUCCUUUCCGACUCAAGAAAAUCCAGAAGGUCAAGCAGUGCCGGUGCAUGUCUGUGAAUCUGAACAACUCCGGCAAACUGUGAGAGCAGUAUCAUCUGAUAGUUGAAUCUUCUGGAGUGGAGGAGGCUCACAGAACAUGGGAUUGAGCAUCUAAGUGACCAGUUGCCUGCAUCCAGCAUUAAAUGUUUCCACUGUGUGGAGUAAAGCCCUCUCCCUACACUCCAGCCCCCUCCACAAGAUGAGAUCACCUUCCUCAUGCUUUGGACCUGACCUUGGUGCUCCCACUUGGAAAUACUGGGAUGCUGCCCAGGACUGGGGGACACAGAUGAGGGAGAGCUAUGAGGAAUAACGUGUGGACAGCAAGUGGGACUCUGAUGAGGCUCAUCACCUUAAGACAACUUCCAUUGUGCAAUGACAGAUGGUUCCAGGCUUGUCUGAAUGGCAGAUAAGAAGCAAGGGGAGAGGGUGAAGUGCUGGGUCAGCCACUGUCACCACAGAGCAGACUGAGGAUGGGUUCUGAUGGUGUUGUGGUUGGAGCACAUCGGACACGUGGUCUCUGCAGCAGUGUUUAUUUUGUAACCUAGCUAUAGUAAAAAGCUGUUUAAAGUAUUAUAGACCUAGCCUUGUAUAUUUUUCUUGUGGCAGACUAUGCCAGAGAUUAAAAUGUGUUGAGUAAGAGACUUCGGUUGCUCAGUCAGCUGCCUGGCUUAAAAUGGACAUGGUAUAAAUAUGCUUUCAGUAGGAUUUUUUGUGUUAGAGAUGUGUGUUUCUUCUCCUGGAAGGACAACAUCCAUAUAAGACUUUAUAUUUAUGCCUGCUCAGACUUGGGAAAGUUGGAGGGUACUAGGAGAGGAGCUGAGAACACUUAAGGGAACGAUGUUUCACUUAAGGUAUAAAAGUACUGCCACAGAAAGGACAAAAUUUGGUCAUUCAUGGACUGAAUAUAAAAACUGCAUCUUUGUCAUCAGGUUUUGGGAGUGGUGUCUCUCCUGUGAUUGGAAACCAUGGUAAUGUCUUAGUGUUAAAGACCCAACCUACCAGUCAGUGCCUCUGGAAUGGGUCACAGCUGUAGGAGCAGGGAGAGAGUGAGCUGUAAUUGCUACAGUACUGGUGGUCCACUCAGUUUUUGAGUCCUACAUAAUCAGUGUUGGUGAACGCUUGCAGUUCAUUUUAAAUCACAUUAUGUUGUUAUUCAGUUGAUGGAGUUUAGCAUGUCCUGUAUGUCCCGUUUGUUCCAGUUCUGAUCUGUAUUAGUCCCAGCUGCAUUAAAAUUCUAUGUCUCAAAACAAACCAGCCCCUUCCCCCAACCCAAAGACCAUGCAUGCUCGAUUGGCUGAAGCUUACAAAUUAAAAAUGACACGCCAGCUCCCUGAUGCAUGGCUCACAGCUCAGCAUCUGCAUGGAGUGAAACCAGCUUGCUGGGGGAGCCCCUUUCCCACCAGGAGCCUCUUCAAAGGGUUAAUGUGUUCAGCACUCUCAGCAGCCAGGGGUUCAGUGCCCCAGGUCUCUAUCAUGUGGGACAGGCUGCUCUAAGAGGCUUUCAGGACUGAGCUCCACCAGAGCUCACCAAGCGGUUUAUGGGGAUUGGCACGGGCAGGAUGAGGUUGGUCAGGGUUGUUAUGUGAACAGCCAGGGAUUUUUCUGCUGUGAUCUUUCAGCCUGUCAGAAGGGCAGAGGGAGACUCCUCACCCAGGGAUUGCUUUAGAACUGCCCUGCCAGCAUCAUGCCUGGGCACUGGGCAGCCUGGCCUUGCGAGGGCUGGGGUGGCUGGGCCUGGGGGAAGUGGCAAUAGCUAUGGUCUAUUAAGACUCCUGGGAUCUCAGUCUCCACUUGAAAGAAAUAACUGAAAGUCAGGCAUUUUGGACUUGAGAGAGAAAAAAGCACCCUAGUAACUUCAGUUAGGAAAAUUGUGCAAGAUUCUUUUUCUUUAAGCUAUGCCCUGCCUGUUAAUUUUUUUUUUUUCACCAGUUUGCAAUAUGAAUAUGCUGCAGCUUAAAGCUCCUUCUAGGAGCUGUGUUUAUGUAAAAACUGAGUUGAGCUUGUAUUGGUUAAAACUGUAUUUAAUUCUUGUUUUAUAAAUGAAAACAAAAAUGAAGAAAUGCUUUAAGUAUAAUGUAAUUAUUUUAUAGGUAUACUAUUAAAUUAUAGAUUAAAUAAUAAAGUUACUCUAGGGUUAUAUGG